AUGUGCGGGCGGCGGCCUGCGAUCAUUCUACUAUCAGUCGCCCUGGUUCUCGGGAGCUUAAUACUCUACGCAGCCUUCCAACUCGGGGAUAUUUGCCCUGAGGGCGGUGGUCGAUGCACCUGGGCCGGCGCGAUGAACACACUCGACUACCUACGGGGCAAAGGUAGCAAUGGCGAAGGAGAGCCUAAGGAAGGUGACGUGACGAGCGCACCAGCAGUCGGAACCGCAACCGCAGACAAGCCCGUCGAUCCAAGCUGUCAUGGCUUUCCAGACAUGUCGAACAUCCUACUCGUCAUGAAGACGGGAGCCUCGGAAGCCUACUCCAAGAUCCCGACGCAAAUGCUCACCAACCUUCGAUGCGUCUCCGAAUCCAACUUUCUUAUAUUCAGCGACAUGGCACAGUCCAUCGCUGGCCAGGAGAUUAUCGACACACUCGAGACGGUCAUACCCGAGGUGAAAGAGCACCAGGACUUCGAGCUGUACCACAAUCAAGUGGCGUGCCCCAUCGAUCAAGAGACCUGCAACAAGGGCAUCAAUGUAGCCAAGCAGGGCUGGGCGUUGGACAAGUACAAGAACAUUCACAUGGCCGAGAAGGCCUAUGCGCGCAACCCUGGGUUCGACUGGUACCUGUACGUGGAUGCGGAUACCUAUGUCGUCUGGUCCACCCUCGUCGAGUGGCUCUCGAGGGUCGACGCCAAACAGAAGAUAUACAUGGGCAGUGUGGCCAUGCUUGGCGGAUUCCCCUUUGCUCAUGGCGGUAGCGGCUAUCUCGUGUCCCAGGGCAUGAUGGCCGCCAUGUUCGAUGGGAAGGAGAACGUGGCCAAUAGGUUUGAUCAGAAUGCGACUGGACUCUGCUGUGGCGAUGCCCUUUUCUCCAUGGCUCUGAAAGAGGAGACGGACGUAUCGGUCCAAAACGUGUGGCCAACCGUCAACGGAGAGAAGCCAAACACGCUGUCAUACGAAGACUCACAGUGGUGCCAGCCCCUUGUGACGAUGCACCACAUUGGGAGCGAAGAGGUCUCUGACUUUUACGAGUGGGAGUGCAGCCGCAACUACACGCAACCCGUGCGCAUCAAGGAUCUGUACCACCAGUUCAUCAAGCCCCAUCUUGACGACACGCGGGCGGAGUGGGACAAUCUCAGUGACGAUAUACGCUACGCCGACCGCGAUGCCGAUGGGAUCGACUCGACGGAUGACAAGUAUCGGUUCGACAACCUAAGUGAGGUCGAGCAAGAGGCACACGACAGCGCCACGAACUGCCGCGCUGCGUGCCUGGAACUCGAGGAGUGUAUGCAGUGGCGGUUCCAUCGCAAUGUGUGCUACAUGGGGCGCAAGAUCAGGCACGGCAACCCCAUCAUACCCGGCGACGGGGACGGCGAAAAGAUGGUCAGCGGCUGGCACAAGGCUAGGAUCGCGGCUUGGGCAAAGGAGCACGAAGACUGCGGAGAGAUCCAAUGGCCGAACGUGAGGACCUCCAACUGAGAGACUGUGGUUCGACGUCAAUAAUGGUGCGUCUGAAGCAUCGCUUUGCGGAAAAGCCUGGUCGAGGGCAGACAGAUAUGCUCGCUUGUGACCAGACUCAGAGACCACAGGCGGGCUCCAAGUCCUUUGCAUGGAUGGGCCAAAAACAGUGAGCCCCCAAACAUUGCAAAGACGGCACGUCACGGAGGAAAAUAGAGACGGCCUUCAACAUUUGAAGGAGAUGAUGGAGAUGGAUCUGACAUCAUUGUUAAUUA